AGCGGGCAGCGAGCGGCGGGAGCGGGGCGGCAGCGGCGACCCCCCGGCCCCGGCUCUGCGCGGCCACCGCCCCCCGCCCGGCGGGGCCAUGAGGACCGGCUCGAGGGUGCUGCUGGUGCUGCUGCUCCUCCUUCCCGUCUGGGGCUCGGCGGCGGCACACAAUGGGGAUCUUACAGUGAGACCCACAUGCAAGCCUGGCUUCUCAGAGCAAGACUACACAGCAUUCGUCUCCCAAAACAUCAUGGAAGGGCAGAAGUUACUCAAAGUAAAAUUUAAUAACUGUGCUGGUAACAAGGGAGUUCGCUAUGAAACCAACAGCCUGGACUUCAAGGUGAGGGCGGACGGGACCCUGUUCGCUGCCCACCACGUGCAAAUGCCCUCCAAGCAGCUGAUCCUGGUGGUGACGGCGUGGGAUCCCCAGACCCUGGGCAGAUGGGAGGCCAUGGUCCGCUUUCUGGUGGCAGAGAAGUCCCAACACAAUGGACACAAGCCAAAAGGCAGGAAGACACUGCCUGGAGACCUGGUGCAGCAGCAGAGUGACACUCUGCUCCCGUGGCGGCAGCAUCAGAGCGCCAAUGGCCUGCGGAGGCAGAAGAGGGACUGGGUCAUCCCACCCAUCAACGUGCCAGAAAACUCCAGAGGACCCUUUCCACAGCAGCUGGUUCGGAUUCGUUCCGAUAAGGACAAAGAGAUCCAUAUCAGGUACAGCAUCACUGGAGUGGGAGCCGACCAGCCGCCCAUGGAAGUCUUCAGCAUUGACCCUGUGUCUGGCAGGAUGUACGUGACACGCCCGAUGGACAGGGAGGAAAGAGCUUCCUACCAUCUCCGGGCUCAUGCAGUGGAUAUGAAUGGAAACAAGGUGGAGAAUCCUAUUGACCUUUACAUCUAUGUGAUUGAUAUGAAUGACAACAGACCGGAGUUCAUCAACCAAGUCUAUAAUGGAUCUGUUGAUGAAGGCUCUAAACCAGGUACCUACGUGAUGACGGUGACGGCAAAUGACGCAGACGACGCUACUACCGCGAACGGGAUGGUGAGGUACCGGAUCGUGACUCAGACCCCACAGAGCCCAUCACAAAACAUGUUUACCAUUAACAGCGAGACAGGAGACAUUGUCACUGUGGCUGCUGGACUCGACAGAGAGAAAGUUCAGCAGUAUAUAGUCAUUGUUCAAGCCACAGAUAUGGAAGGAAAUCUUAACUAUGGUCUCUCAAACACGGCAACAGCGAUCAUUACAGUGACAGAUGUGAAUGACAACCCCCCUGAAUUCACCACCAGCACUUAUUCAGGAGAGGUUCCUGAGAACAGAGUGGAGGUUGUGGUGGCAAAUCUGACGGUGAUGGACCGGGACCAGCCUCACUCCCCCAACUGGAAUGCCAUCUACCGCAUCAUCAGCGGGGACCCCUCCGGCCACUUCACCAUCCGGACAGACCCCGUCACCAACGAGGGCAUGGUGACCGUGGUGAAGGCAGUCGAUUACGAGAUGAACAGAGCUUUCAUGCUGACAGUGAUGGUAUCAAACCAAGCUCCCCUGGCCAGUGGCAUCCAGAUGUCCUUCCAGUCGACAGCAGGAGUCACCAUUUCAGUCACAGAUGUCAACGAAGCACCGUAUUUCCCAACGAACCACAAGUUAAUCAGGCUGGAGGAAGGGGUGCCAACAGGAACAGUCCUGACAACGUUUUCAGCGGUGGAUCCCGAUCGCUUCAUGCAGCAGGCAGUAAGAUACUCUAAGCUGUCAGAUCCUGCAAACUGGCUGAACAUUAAUGCCACAAAUGGUCAGAUCACUACUGCUGCUGUCCUUGAUCGAGAGUCAGACUACAUUAAGAAUAAUGUCUACGAGGCCACAUUCUUGGCGGCUGACAACGGUAUCCCCCCCGCCAGCGGCACUGGCACUCUGCAGAUCUACCUAAUUGACAUCAACGACAACGCUCCUGAGCUCCUGCCAAAGGAGGCACAGAUCUGUGAAAAGCCAAACCUGAAUGUCAUCAACAUCACAGCCGCGGACGCUGACAUCGAUCCAAACGUCGGGCCCUUCGUCUUCGAGCUGCCAAGUGUGCCAUCUGCGGUGAGGAAGAACUGGACCAUAACACGGCUGAAUGGUGAUUACGCCCAGCUCAGUUUACGGAUCAUGUACCUGGAGGCGGGUGUGUAUGAUGUGCCCAUCAUUGUGACGGACUCAGGAAACCCCCCCUUGUACAACACCUCUGUCAUCAAGGUGAAGGUGUGUCCCUGCGACGAGAACGGCGACUGCACCACCAUCGGGGCCGUGGCCGCUGCAGGGCUGGGCACGGGGGCCAUCAUUGCCAUCCUGAUCUGCAUCAUCAUCUUACUCACCAUGGUUCUGCUGUUCGUGGUGUGGAUGAAGCGCCGGGAGAAGGAGCGUCACACCAAGCAGCUCCUGAUCGACCCCGAGGACGACGUCAGGGACAACAUCCUCAAGUACGACGAAGAGGGAGGUGGAGAGGAAGACCAGGAUUAUGAUUUAAGCCAGCUCCAGCAACCAGAGACCAUGGAUCACGUGCUGAACAAGACACCCGGAGUCAGAAGGGUGGAUGAAAGACCUAUUGGUGCUGAACCACAGUAUCCUAUCAGACCAGUAAUCCCACAUCCAGGGGAUAUUGGUGAUUUUAUUAAUGAGGGCCUGCGGGCAGCAGACAACGACCCCACAGCCCCCCCCUACGAUUCCCUGCUCGUCUUUGACUACGAGGGCAGCGGCUCCACCGCCGGCUCCGUCAGCUCCCUCAACUCCUCCAGCUCCGGGGACCAGGACUACGACUACCUUAACGACUGGGGGCCCAGGUUCAAGAAGCUGGCGGACAUGUACGGGGGAGGCGAGGAAGAUUAAACUGACCUCAUGUUAUUUAAAAAAAAAUAAAAAAUUAAAAAAAAAAAAAGGAAGGAAAAAAAAAAAGAAGAAGAAGAAAAGAAUUUAGGAAAAAAGAAAAAGAAAAAACAACAAACCCACAGACGACAACGUUAACAAAAAGAGCCGAUGCAGGAGCAAGAACUGUACAGAUGUGGCAGCUUUUUUAAUUAAUAUCCCCUGCUGACUGUAUUGUUAUUUUUAGUGGCGAUAUAGGAGGUUUCUUUUUUUUUUCUUUUCUUUUUUCUUUCCAUUUUUUUUUCUUAGAAUAUUGAGCUGUCUCGCAUGAACACUUGUCUCUGCUGCAGGUUUCUUUUUGUUAUUUUGUUUUUUUAAUGUCAGCUGGGAUAUUGCUUGUUUACCUGCUUUAUGACUAAAGAGAGUGAAAGGCACUCUGUCUUAACUUGAAUUUCUUAGAACAGAAGCACUGUUUUUAAAAUAUAUAUAUAUAUAUAUAUUUGAAAGUGCCUUUUGGUGCAUGUGUCAGAUUCCCUUCAAUCUCAGGAGUGAUGAAAACAAACAUACAACCAUCCUGGGCAGCACUCCCUGUGACCCUAAGCCAGUUCUAGCUGGGAAGGAGUUAACAAAAAGGAACUGUGGAGAUUGUUUCUUUUUUGCCUUUUUUUUUUUUUUUUUUUAAGGGGGUGACUCAUUCUGGGGUCAAAAGAAGGGGGGAGGGGGGAAGAUGUUUUGAGUCAAAAUCUUAACAGCCAUCUUUAAGCCUCGGCAGGUGGUGAACUAGUCAUCAUGUUGUAUAUAAUUCAGUGUUAUCAGAUGCAAAAUACCGACCAGGGCCUCUGCCAGGCCCUGGUCACACUCAAUGUAGCUGCAUAGAACUAUAGCAUUGAUAAAGCCUUUGGUUAUUGCAACAGAAAUCUCCAACAGCCCUUGCCUAAACCCUACAAAGUAAAUCGUGACAUGACCAAAGGCCCAUCUGUUUGUUUUUAUGCUAUCGCCGUGUUUUGGCUCCCACGACCUCUCGAGUGAUGUCCGUACCAGCUGGGUGAGGUGGUGGUGUCCCGCAUCCCCGAGGAUGCCCAACACUGGUGCUGCUCUCCUGGGGUGAGGCAAGGGUUUGUGUGGCGGCUCCGCUCGAGGCCGAGGCAGUGCGAAGGACAGGGACAGGUUAUCCACACUUUUCCCAUCCGUAAGUAUGGAGUUAGUGUAGUAUCACAUUAAUGCCUUGGAGCAUUAGUAGCCAAAGCUCAACGACAUCGUGUAACUCAGCUAAUGUGUGUCCUUUCUAUUCGAUGGGUAGGCGCUGCUAUCUGUAGUAAAUGUGUUUUUUUGGAGAAGAAGUGCAACAAGGGCCUAUUAAGUAUCUUGUGGUUAAUAUGCUCAAGCAUUGCCAAGUAAGCAAGAGGUUUCGCAGCAUCCAGGCGUAAUUCAACAUCAGUAUUAUAAAUGGUAGCAAACUACCUAGUUUAUAUGUAGGGUCAGUUUAACCAAUAACAAAUAGUUAUUAGCUUUUUUUAUUACAUUUUUCCUUUACUGAUUUGGACUAGUGGGUUUAUGUCUAAUGUUUGUAAAAUGAUUUAGACUGCAUGGAUGUGUAAUAUAAACCACAUUUAAUGGAUUAUGAGCCACUUAAUUAAUGUGCUAUGAAAUCUUGGAUUACCUGUGUUUUAUAUUCUGCAGACGAUUUUGCAGUGGGUUCGCUAAAACUUGUAAAAGUGCUUAGAUAUAUUUUCAUUUAAAUCCAAGAAUGUGCACAGUAUUGGAAGGUGAUUAUCCAGGGGAUAAUCAUGCUUUUUUUGAUAUCUCUAUUAAUUCUCAAGUUGAAUGCUAAGAGUUAAAGGGGGGGCGGGGGGAGCGAGCGCGUGCACACGAGAGCGAGAAUGAGAGGACGAGAGCUUGCGGUGGUGAGUGGGCACCUUUCAGAGGGUAUACUGGGCUGCAAGAUCGUCUCUAUAGAUUUUUGAAAUGCUCCUAGUGCAUUUUAUAUUUCAUUGUAUCAUAUUUUCUAUAAAAUGCAAUUUCUGUAAAUUAAUGAGCAUUUGAAAUGUGUCUUGUAUGAAGUGGAAUGUGGUAAAAAGUCUGCCCGAGGGGACUCACUGGUAUGUUAUUAACUACCAAGGAUGCGAUCUUUCUUUUUGUCUUGGUUGGUCAGUUGGUCAGUCAAUGGGUCAGUUUGUCUUUCACAGCUCGGAGAGCAAACUCACUCUCACCCAAGUUUCCUGAGGAAACCAGGAGGCAAUGACUUGGACCUCGGGAGAGGGACGGCACCAAUGGCAGCAGCAAGGCGAGGAUGUCACGCCACAGGCAUGGGCUGGCAGCACGUGCCUUGGCCAGGAUGAAGGGCAGUGCCUGGCAAACUGCCAGCACCUGACACUUUUCCAAAUUCCUGUUCCGUAGUUGUGAACUCAGUUGUCUUGUGUGACCACUAUGAAAGUCUUAGUUUGUUCCUGCCAUGUGCCAUCCCCCUCCUCCUGGCCACUCUUGGCAAUCCUCACAGCCCCCCUUCCCAGCAGCCUGGCACAGAGGCUGCAUGGCCCCACAGCCUCUGCUCUUUACCCAUGGCAUUCUUGGUUCUUCCCCUUUUCUUUUGGAAAAGCCACAGGCUUGAAGUAUUUCACCAUCUGGGCUUUGCACCUCGACAGAAGCUGCCCAGGCACGGCAGUGGUGAAUAAUAAAAGUGAACUUGGUGUUUCUUGGUGCCUGUCGGCGCGUUGUGUCUGUCACCGUAACCUCACCACCAACACGGGAGAAGGAUCAGCUCCAGGGCCAGGCCAGUGAUUCUCCAUCCCUUGGGUUGUUGCCACUGCCUGCCAGCUCUGUGCAGCUCCCGGGAUGCUCGUGUGGAUCCUGCAGUGCCAGCCAGGUCUCCGCUCUAAGCCGUGCCCUGCAAUCCACCUGGCACCGCUUACCUGGGAGCAGCAGCUAAAUCCCUGCUCCACAGCGCUCGGUGUGUGACAUCUGCUGCGGCUUUGGCUGGGAUGAUGGAUUUCAGGUAGGGAAGGGGCUGGCAGCAAUGUGGGACAGUGGCUGCAGGGACAUCGGCAGCGUCCAUCAUCCCUCUGUCCCCAAGGGACCUGCCAUGCAGUGAAAGGAGCUGUUGUCAGACUUCAGCUUGUUGAAACUUUUCAGGUUUUUAAGAACAUUUAUGCAACCUGAUUCCAAACAGAACUGUUUGAGUGAUUAAAAAUAAACCAACCUGUUUCCAUUGGCGACUUUUUUUUAAAAUCAGCGGAUAUUUUUUUUCUGCAGCAUUUGCAAUCCAGCUGUUCCAGCCCCAUGAGCCUAUAAAUCAAACCAACCACUUUAGUGUGUUUUGACCCAAUUCUGCUCAGUCUCCUUCUGCAGGACCUCCUCCUUCUUUUCCUCCUCCUCUUCCUCUUCCUCCUUCUCCUCCCUGCAUCCUCCCCCACUGAAUUUUACAGCCCCACAAGGAGCAGCAGCAUCUCCUUGCAGUGGGACCAGCAGAAGGUAAGCAAGGGGCACAUCCAGCAAUGAAAAGAUUGCUUUUUACAAACCUGUCUACUUCUUAAUGUUACUGAUGGUUUGUAGCCCAGCUAAGAAAACUUAUAUUAAUCCAAGGAGUCCCAUUGAGAAGGUGACUGUACCAUCACUCUGUCCCCCUCUGAUCCUCGUGGAUGUGACACGGUGUUGCCAGUUGCAACUGCAGGUGACAAUGACUUGCAAGGAGCUGGGGUGGGCAGACAACCACUUUGGCUGGUGUACAGUUGCUGUUUACUCUUACAGCCCCCAGGUGAUGAGUGCAUUGAGACCAGAAUCCUUGUUCCCUGACCAAUCUAGACUAAGGCACUAAACUAAAGAAGUGGUCCCCCUUCUUUGCACACCACAAGACUGUGGGGAAGGACUUGCUUUCGGGCAGGUGGAGGGGAUCCCAUCCCUGAAACACCACUGUCCCACCCUGUAAUCCUGUACCCCUUAGCACUGCCAGGGCGCACCACCACAGCUCUCCCUGCUGUCUACGGGAUGAGGACGGUGAGUUCCCAGGACAUUGAUGCAUGCUGGAGACCUCUGGUGGCCUCCCUACCUCCUAAGGUUGAGGAUUGCACAUCCCCAGGCCAGGGACUGUGCAGGUCCAAUGUCACUGCUGUACCGACAGCCACCUCCAGCAGAGCAUGACCACAGCUCUGGUGGUCUGUUUAUCAUGUAGCCUAAUAACUGGGAGACCCAUCAGCAUGGAAAUGCUUUACAAGGCAAGGAGGACAUUCAUCAGGUAAUUAGUGACAGUAAAUAGGCAAGUCUGUCCUGGGUGUCCUACACAUUAGUCAUAGUUCCGCUUCUGGUUUUGCAUUUCCUUUUCCUUAUUUUUUUGUCCUUUUUUGUUGGACCGGGCGAUGCAAUUGGGGGUUGUACAGCGGUGAUGGGGAGUUCUGUCCCCAUGGGUUUUUAGGGAUAGUCAGGUCCAAAUCCAGCCUCCAGAAGUAAGAACUUUGGAGACAGCUGUAUCACCUGUAAGCGCUUCGCGUAGCAUAAACACUCGGGCAUUGGAGAAUGGUAAUGGACAGUGCAGAGUCUGCACCACACAAUAUGCCAAGAUUGCAACUUUGUUUAGUCAAAAAAAAAAGAAAACAUAUUAAAGGUAAAAUAUGGGACUUUUUUUUGUGAUGUCUUUUGGAGCUCUUCAUUGUAAGCAUGAAAAAAAUAUUAGGGGGGAUGCUGUACAACGACGAAUGCGUGUGUUUAAAGCAGCAGCCAGACAAUGUAGGUGGCUCCCACGCAAAUUAACUCAGUUUCAUGGGGAAAAUAAAAGUUCUUUCCAGUACACACCAAACCCCACAUACAACUGCUCACACACAGUGUACAUAAUGUAGUUAGUGCUUGAAGCUACAAAUCGAUAGGGGAAAAAGAAACAACAACAACAACAUGUAGAUGUAUAAUUGGAGCACUUUCUCUUUCUUUUUUUUUUUUUUUUCUAAUUUGAGCGAUGAUUUUGCAUGUUUCCUUUACGAUGGAGAAGCUGUGUAGCAGCCCGCAUGACUGUGGUUGUUCUCAAGGAAGACUUCUGCUGUUCUGCUGUAUUCACGCUGAAGCGCAAAAAGCAGUUUGCGUCCGUUAACCCAGUUCAAAAACCUUUUUUUGUAACCGUCAACAGCACAAAUAUUUUGUAUUGUUGUUUGUACCAUUUUUGUACCAAAAACAAAAGAGGAAAAAAAAAAAAAAGAAAAAAAAAAAAAAGGGAAGAAAGUAAAUGUUUUCAAUGUGUUUUUAGUGCCACUGCAAUCUUGGUUUCCAAACUGAGUGACAGGUUUGCUGAUUUAUUGUGUAUCAAAGCUGAACUGGCGCACUGACGCCUGGCUCCAGUGUAAUUAAAAAUAAAGUCCCCCUUUUGAAUAGUC